AUGAACAUCAAUGUCCGAGACAGAAAAAAAGGUAACGCAUCCAAGGUGAAACUGGUGAUUGGAAAUCCCCAGAACAAGAGAACUGCAAUCCUUCUUGGCGUAGUCGGCAAAUUGGCGUUGGUUUUAGGUGAAUGCGAUCUUGGUACUCCAAAACUGAAGAAUGUUGAUUGGAAUGAAUUGACGGAUACCUGGUACUGGGUCUAUCAGACAUCGAAUAAAGCAAAAGACAAUUUUGACUGUGUUCGUAGCAACGUCAUCAUGUUGCCCAGCAGCAGAAUGUUUAUUUCUACCCUAGCAUAUGAUAAGAGCAAACAGCGUGAAGUUACAAUCAAUGGAGAAAGUUCUAACUUUACAACUAACGGAUACUUUGACAUUCUCAGCGAAGAAUCGUUUUGGACUGGCAGUUGCCUUCUGUUGGCAAUCGAGCGCGACAGUUUCUUCGUAUUGACGUUUUGCUCAAAGCAGGGUGGAAAUAGAAUUGAUUCCAUCGGGUUUCGAAACCGGAGUCCUUAUGAAGCGACAUUGGAAAAAGCGUUUGAAGCCUUCAACGAAACCGGCCUAGAUGCCAGUCAGCUUGUGAAAUGGA